UCUCCGUGUCGCUGUCAUUAUUUUCUUGUGCCGUUCGGAAUUUCUGUGCGUUUUGAAAACGUUGAUGUUUUGUGUAUGUGUGGUGCUGUGGUGCCAACCAAAUCGGGACCGGAAAAGGGUCACAUUCCUUCUCCCGGCUGGACGGGGUGCUUCCUUUGUGUGCGAGCCUUAGAGCAGAGUUUGUUGGUGUAGCGUGUGUGCUGGUCGCCAGGAACAGCCAGCCAGCCAGAGAGUGGUGCGGCACAACCGCAUCAGAAGUGAAAGACACGGCCGCUCUGUUUGUGUGAGUGUGUGGCUGUGUGCAUAUAUUUCUUGAUUGUGAAAAAUAACACAAAAGUGGAGUGAAAAGAAAAGUGCGAACACCUUUCGUGGUCGUCCCAUCAUCAUUGGCAAGGAAGGUGACAUUGCGGUGGUUGACACUCCGCUCCAAGAAGCUCCCUACUCGCUUCCCCAGUCCCCAGCGCGUAGGGGGGGUGUGGGUGAGUGGUUUUUCCCCGUGGCUCCACAAAAUCGAUCGGCCCGCAAACACCCGGAUCUGCGUUGAACCGUCUCUCCUGUUGAUGCGUUCGGCCCGUUCCACUUGCUGCGGCUACCCGAGCGGCGGUGGUAGUGUUUGCGACACAACACCACUCGACUAACACUUGAAAGGGUUGUGUGUGUAUGUGUGUUAGUGUGUGCCGAACCGUCUCUAGUCAGGUGUCCGGUGUUCCGGUAAGCAGGAGGACCCAACAGCAUUUUGCGUGUACCGUGUCGGUCGUUAUCCUUAGCCCUAUUGCACACACACGACGGCUCGUUCGUGGCAGAAACGGACGAACUUACAGACACACAGCUUACACACACGCGAAACUUAAACGAUUCUUCGUGACUGAGAAGUAAAAGUUUGUUAUGCUGUUUUAGGGAGGAUUGUGGUAAUAGCAGUGUGUUUGUGUGGAAGGAUAAUAGCAGGCGGAAAAAAACCUUGUCUGAAUUGAUUUAACGAUACGGCGCAAUCGUAGGCGGUGGGUGACUCGUCUUUGCAAAAGAAAUUGCAACAAGAAAGUGUUUUGUAUACGUGUGUGUGUAUAUACACCGGUUGUUAUAUAGUGUGUGUUUGUGUGUGUGUGUGUGUGUGUGUGUGAGGGAAAAUAAAGGAAUAAAACAAAUCACGGUCCCCCCAUCCCGCCGUGGUGUGGAAAACGGGUCCCAGUGGUGUUGGUGGUGGUGGAGACUGUGUGAUAGAUUUGUGUUUCCGGCACUGCCGCUACUUCCUGUGUUGGUGGUUGUUGUUCGCACUUCAAGGCAAAGCACUUCCCAUACGUGUGGUGCUAUUUUUGGAACAAAUCCUGAAUUGAGCUAACUAACGAAGGGAGAAACGUUUUGCGCUGUCAAACCACCAGCUACUACUGCGAGCGAGCGAAGGAUCCGGAAGCCGUUCCAGAUCGUCGACGGCAACCUCUCCUCGGUUUGUAGAACCCCGAGCGCGCACUCAAUCAACGGAUUUUGGUUCAUUCUUCGGGACAGGUGUUAAGACAUAAAGACGGCCACCAUUGCGUUGACAGCUUCCGAACUAUGACGGGAUCUUCUGCAUUAUGACAAUAACAACCAUUGAGAAGCAAGUGAAUAAUAACUUCGGGGCUUCAACAUGAGCUCGCGUCACGCCUUCUACACCGUCGAGGUGGGCGACACCAAGUUUACCAUUCUAAAGCGAUACCAAAACCUGAAACCGAUCGGUUCCGGUGCUCAAGGCAUUGUAUGUGCCGCAUACGAUACAGUAACACAGCAGAACGUUGCCAUCAAAAAGCUAUCCAGACCUUUCCAAAAUGUCACUCACGCCAAACGAGCCUACAGGGAGUUUAAGCUUAUGAAAUUAGUCAAUCAUAAAAAUAUCAUUGGACUGCUGAACGCGUUCACGCCCCAGCGCACACUAGAAGAGUUCCAGGAUGUGUACCUGGUCAUGGAGCUUAUGGAUGCGAACCUCUGCCAGGUCAUACAGAUGGAUCUGGACCACGAGCGGAUGUCCUACCUGCUCUACCAGAUGCUGUGCGGCAUCAAGCAUCUCCACUCGGCGGGAAUUAUUCACCGGGACUUGAAGCCCUCCAAUAUUGUGGUAAAGUCGGACUGCACACUGAAAAUCCUCGACUUUGGGUUGGCCCGUACGGCCGGCACCACCUUCAUGAUGACGCCGUACGUCGUUACGCGGUACUACCGUGCGCCGGAGGUCAUCCUCGGGAUGGGGUACAAGGAGAACGUCGACAUCUGGUCGGUCGGCUGCAUCAUGGGGGAGAUGAUACGCGGCGGCGUCCUGUUCCCCGGUACAGAUCAUAUUGAUCAGUGGAAUAAAAUCAUUGAACAAUUGGGUACUCCGUCCCAGAACUUUAUGACGCGGUUGCAACCGACCGUGCGGAACUACGUGGAGAACAGGCCCCGCUACUCGGGGUACGCGUUCGAUCGGCUCUUCCCGGACGUGCUGUUCCCGACCGACUCGAACGAGCACAACCGACUGAAGGCUAGUCAGGCGCGGGAUCUGCUCAGCAGGAUGCUGGUGGUCGAUCCGGAGCACCGCAUCUCGGUCGACCAGGCGCUGGUGCACAGCUACAUCAACGUGUGGUUCGACGAGAGCGAAGUGAAUGCGCCCGCACCCGGCCCGUACGAUCACAGCGUGGACGAGCGUGAGCACACGGUCGAGCAGUGGAAGGAGCUGAUCUACCAGGAGGUGAUGGAGUACGAGGCGCGCAAUAAUCUGGCGGACGGGGAGGGCGCUCCACGGUAGAAACCAGAGGGCAGCUGUACCGCUCGGUCCGGUUCACAGCCAACUUCUUCCUCUUUAGCGACGGACGAGGCAGCAGGAGCAGCGGCAACCGCACCACCACACCACCACCCGGUAGAAGAAGGAACGACGACGACGACGACGACAGAGCAGGAGGAGCCUACUGCUGAGGAGUGAGGCGCCAGCCACUCUUAGUUCCCUCUCCUCCACCCUGAGGCGGGCACAACCACAAGCAAGAACAAGUGAAAGCAAUAAUGCUACCUUUUUAGCAAAAACCAUUAACCCUGGACCCAGGGACACCUGACCCUCGGCUGAAGCUCAUCGGCUCACGCGUGCGGCGUUGCGGUCAGUUUCGAGAGGGAAAACCAAGACACACACACGCAACUAGGAAGUGUUCGGAUGCAAAUGCAACAGCAGAGGGAGCUAGAGAGAGAGAAAGAGAGAGUGAUAUGGUUUCAAGUAUCUAUCCUAGCGUAGAGAAAGGAAAAAAGGGAGUUGCUGAAGUGAUGCCGGCAGCUGUGCGUCUUUUGGGUGGUGAUGGUAGUGUGUGUGUAUGUGUGUAUGUGUGGUGGGACAUUUCCCUUUGUACGUCGUCCUCUCUCUUUCUCUCUCUCUCUCUCUCUCUCUCUCUCUCUCUCUUCCGUAUCUGGUCAUAUGAAUAAG